AUGGCGCAAGCUAGACAUCCGCAGCAACAGCCACCCCCGCCGCCGCAAUUCUCACAACCUUUCUCCCCACCUGUCUCUUCGCCAUCUCCAAACUCGAUCGCAUCUCCUGUGAACGGAGGCGCUGCACCACCUCCAACGAAACGCCCCCGUCUCUCCCCUCUGCCGCCCUCUCAAAACCAGUCUCCUUACGGUUCUCCCAGCUUCAACGCGAUGCAGCUGCCGCAAAACCAGUCACAGAUGAACGGAACCCCGAUGAAUAUGAGCAUGAAUAUGAACGUUCCUUCGACGCCCACCGCUGCUCCUCCGGGGACUAUGGGUCCUCCUUCUCGUCCAGCGGAGAAAGCCAUGGACAAACCCAAUGAUAAAACAACGGACGCUGCUGAGCUGACAGAUGUUUUGGCGUCGUCUGGAAUUGAUGUGAGGGAAGAGGAAGCAUUCCUCACACAGAGCUUUUCGGGGCAGACCGCGCAGGCGCAACCUCCCCAAAGAGGAUCACACUCGCAAUAUCCGCCACAGAUCAAUACAUCUUUCACUUCUCAGGGCUCUACUCCAGGCACUCCGUCAGCUUCGGCUAGCUUUGGCGAUUUGCCCCAGACUAAGCCAGCAGUCGCCCAGCAAUCUUUCCACGCUCAGUCCCCGCAUCCCCAUGUUCCUUUCAAAGAUCCCAACGAGCCGACGCGUGAGGACACCAUUGCAGCACGACGUGCGCAGUAUCACAUCCAGGAACCCUUCUUGAUCACGAAACUCCUGGAACAGAAGCUUCAGAAGCGAGGCUUUGACCUUGGUGUUCGGAUUCCCUCAGAGGGACUUUUCCAUCCUGUGCCUGGUCGACCACAGCCCAUUGAAGUUACUGGUCCGGAUGGCUCCUCUGUGGUGCGAACUGGUCAGACAAUUCUCAACCAAGAAGGCGCUCCACUUGUGGAUAUCCUGAAUCUUCUGUCGAUUUCAACUGAAGAGCGAAUCAGGGGCGUCAUCGACUACGCCUCGACUCUGGCUCGAAGUCGCCGCGCACAUUCUCACGGUGUGGUUCCAACUGAGUGGAAGGAUGUCGCGAAACCUGUUGAACAGACUACAGCUACUGAAACCCCCAUGAAACGCCCUCAUUCCGCCAUUGAUUCCUCUGGCGCCAAACCAAAUGCGCCAAGAUACCGAACAUUAGUCACCCGAGAGAGUUCAGUGGAGGAUAAGCGUGCAGCCAAGCGUGCCAAACGCACCAGCAAUGCAAUCCUUGAUGAGGCGGGUCGAGCUGACUCUGUCGAUCCGACUGGAUCUGCACCUUCCACUCCCCUCGGCGAACGGGCGCCUAGUUUCGAUAAAAAGUCCAUGACGAAGAAAGAAGCGAAGAAAAUGCAUGACUCCAAGGCAACCGAAGCCCAGCAGCAUGCACAGUCUGUCGAGACGGCCCGCAUGGCUUUGUCGGGCGGCAGUCGCAGUAUGUUUGGUGCCAAAAAGUCAUACUCAUGGCUAAAGCCUGGAGGCCAGGCCAGUGGGUUCUCAUCUCCUUCUCGUCCGAUUCCCUCCACUCCUACCGCCGGUCCCGAAAAGACCAGUGUCGGGGAACCUGCGUCCAAUCAGACACAACGUCGUCUCGGAGUGUGGCGCGAAGAUCAGGAGAAAGGGACCGGGAUCCAGGUCCGAGAUAUCCUGUUCAUGCUAGAGGCCGAUGGCCGGGCGACCAGGCAUGUCCAGAAGGGUUACCUCAAGGAUCCCAAAGAGGAUCGGGAUCAUGGAAACUGA